AUGCAGACGCCUCAUAGAACACCUCUUCGAAGAAUCUCUCAAGGUUCCUUACUCCGGCUUUCCCGCUCUGGCGCCUAUCCAGAUGCUCCUCAUGGCCUUGGUUUCCUAGAACCAGCAAUGUCCGAAUUCAUAGAUGAGACGGAGACUCUACAGACAAACGUUGAAGGAUUAAAGCAUCUGAGCGACACUUUGGACACUUUCAAUGAAUCUUUUGCCAGCUGGCUGUACGUGAUGAAUAUGAACGCGUUAACCGUAGACUGGCCGCAGGCACCUCACGAUGGCAGCUUUAUACUAGCUGAGAGACGCGCAGAACGAAACGCCAUUACCGCGAUGCAAGCGCUACAAGCUCAACUCCAGGCAAAAUCAACCCGACCCUCAUCCAUUGAAGGCAGCGUAAAUGACCAAACGACCAUCAUAGCUGAUCCGGAGGCCACUUUCACUAUGAAUAGUAACAACAGUUCCGCCCCUGCAAAGACAAAAAAGGUCGUCAAGGGUAAGAAGCUAAAGUUGACUGCAAAAGAGAAGAAAGAAAGAGCGCUGGAACUGGAACGAAUCAUUACUUUUCUUCCGCUUGAAUUCAGAGGCAGCGAUCCAAAUCUUCGUCGCAAUAUGGAAGCUGUGAUAGAAGGGAUGUGGGAUGCUCCAAACCAGACUGUGAAACUUCCCGAUUUGAUCAAACCCCCUGACCUUAAUCAAGCUCGGGCAAACAAAUGCCUAAUAGCACUUGUAAAUCGAAAGAUUAUUAAGAAGGAAAGCAGUACGGGAACUGUUCUGUACCAUUGGCAAGGGGUAGCUUGA